AUUGUAGAAAUGGCUUGGCUGAGAGAUUGCAAAAAUUAAUUAUGCAAGAAAAUUGUAGUAGAUCUUUCUGGCUUCACAAAACACAACAGAAGAAUCGAGAAAAUGAUGAUGGUAAUAAUCUUUAGUAUUGUUCAUUUUCCUCAUCAAUGUAUGAAUGCUUUCAAAUGUCCUAACAGCACAAGGUUGGAUGUGCCAGCGCUCUGACUACUCCGCGGCGGCGAUGACCAAGUUACUGGAAUGUCUUGUUUAUAUGUUAAACGCUUCUAUGACGUCAUAAUUUUAAAACAGGAGAAAUGGUGUUUUACAAUAUCAUUCGGCUCUGACACAGCUAGGAUUUGUAUUCUCAAUUAAGCAAUUCUUAAGUAAAUUUAAAGGACUUCGUUGUUUUGGAGGCCCCUUUUGAUUUGGUACUUGGCUGAAGAAAGAACACGUAAGUACGCGAUUUGUUUCCUCCUGACAAUGAAUAACUUUGUAAUUCAUGUAUAUUCCAGACUCUUCUUCUGCUGAAGGUACAUUGACGGUGCGAGUGAUAUCAGAGAACCUGGAUCAUGGUGUCUACAUCCUCACAUGUCACGUGUUGUCACAAGACAUGGAACCUUUCUUGCCGAAACACGUGACUGUUUUAUUGGAGAGUGAUAGAAGAAAACAUUUUGAUAUGAACAUCACAUCAACCUGCCUCAGGAUUUACUCUCCAUGGUAAAAACUUGAGUUCCCAGGAAACAGAUGGUGGUCAACUCAUUGCAUUUUUUAAGAAUUCUUCAGUGGUGGGGCAAAACUGCCAAAGGGCUCAUUUUCCUUGACCACACCCCCCAGGAUAGUAUGUGAUCGCCGAAGGUGUGAGCCGAGUACCACAAGCACAAGUUAGUUAUGGGAGCAUGCCCCCAGGAAAUUUGUAAAAUUCGG